AUGCCCGUGUUUCCUUGUACUAGAUCCAGUCUGUCCGACAUGUCCGAAGCCCCCUCGAGCCCCGAGUGGGACAUCAACGACGCGUCCGUACCGCGAGUGAGCAGCUUCGACACCUUCAGUGAGUGGUGCGACGGACACGUGAGGCGAGUGUACGGCCCCGGAUGUGAGGAAGCCCGGAGACACUCCUCGGGCUGGGCGAUGAGGAACACGAACAACCACAACGUACACAUCCUAAAGAAGAGCUGCCUCGGAGUACUGGUGUGCUCUGCCAGGUGCCGCCUGCCUGACGGGAGUAGAGUACACUUGCGACCGGCCAUCUGUGAUAAGGCGAGGAAGAAACAACAAGGCAAGCCGUGUCCCAACCGCGUGUGUAACGGCGGCCGGCUGGAGGUCCAACCGUGUAGAGGACACUGCGGGUACCCGGUCACACACUUCUGGCGGCACACGGAACACGCGAUAUUCUUCCAAGCCAAGGGUUCUCACGAUCAUCCUCGACCCGAAGCCAAAGGAGCUAGUGAAGUACGGAGGUCACUCGGCGCGGGCAGACGGGUCCGCGGGCUGGCGCUACUACUGGCUAGAGAGGCCGCUAUAGCUGAUAAGAUACUCACAGUCAAACAAGACAAGCAGAUGAUACAGAAGAACAUACACGCGCCGCCGCCGCCUCUCAUACCUGACAAUCAACGAUCUCUAACCUGUACGUGCGGUCCCUUCGAAUGUAACUGUCGGUGGCGCUCCGAGUCAGCGACGGAGCCCUACGCGGCGGCCGCGUGGACCCCCAGCGAGCACCAGUCAUACACCGCGUACAUACCUCCCAUACAACCAGCGGCUCCCUCACACACAUACGACCCGACCUCCUUACCAGCGGACGACAUUUUCCAUCCAGAGGAGAUAUUUCAAUUAGAUCAACCGAUUCGUUUGGACUUUCCUCUUGAAGAUAGUACAUUGGAAUCUCCACCGACGUUCGCGGACCUCACGAACGACGCGUCUCGACCUGAUGAUGCAUACUGGCUGGAGUGGCAGAGACCAGCUGGCUCGGAAUCAAGCGACACGCCGUCCCCCGAGCUGUUCAAUAACUACCAACACACGGAGACUUACUGCGACCAGAACUACAUACAUCAGAAUUACUACCCAGAGGAGGCUCAGUACUAUCCGAUGGAGCAUAUGAGGGAAUCUUCACCAGGGGACAGUCAAGGGCAGAGAUACUUCAGGUACGGCCAGGACUGUGAAGCUAGCAAUAUGGAGGUCCACACAUGGAACUACUCCGACUGCGCGUUCACCAACCAGCAGCCUGAGAGCAAGGACUACUACGACGUACACUCACUGAAUGUGAACACCUUCAACACGCUCUUAUAA